CAACAAAUCUUCAACAAAAUGAGUGCACGCAGACAGUGCUGUUCUCCAGCAAUUUUCUUGGCACUUUUCUUUGGUUUGAGUUUUGCUGAAAAAAAUCUGACAGAAUUACAAGAACGGAAUUCAACAUGUGUGAAAACACUGCUGAAAAAUUAUGAAGCACUUCCAAUUCAACUCAAAGCAAAUGAAGAUUGCAUCUGGGAAAUAAAUGGAGAAAGGCAUGGAAACCAAACCAUUCGACUAAUUUUCUCUCAAAUUCAAUUUAACCCAUUGUCCUCAUGUGACAAAGAAUAUAUAGAAAUAUAUGAUGGUCCUUCAACCAAUUCAUCUGUCUUGGGGAGGAUAUGCCAUACUGAAGAAUCUAUUCCAAUAUUUCACUCAUCCUCUUCAGCUUUAACAUUUCGUAUAUCAACAGACUCCAAAAAUUUCAUACGAAACAUCCAUGCAUUUUAUUACUUCAUUUCACCAGAAUCACCCAGCUGUGGAGGUUACCUUACUGGCCCAGAUGGAACAUUUACCAGCCCAAACUACCCCACGAAGCAUCCACCUUUUACAUAUUGUGUCUGGCAUAUAGAAACAGAACCAUAUUCCAAGAUAAAUUUAACUUUCAGUGAAAUCUUUAUAGAAAUGGAUGCGAAUUGCAAAUUUGAUUUUCUUGCCAUUUAUGAUGGUCCAACAUCUGGCUCUCCUUUAGUCAAAAAAGUGUGUGGUCGUACAGCUCCAACAUUUGAGUCUUCUUCCAAUGCUAUGACAAUUGUGCUGUCUACGGACUAUGCUAAUUCUUACAGGGGCUUUUCAGCUCACUACAGAAGUAUACCAAUAUCACAGCCUAACACAUCCCUCAGUUGUUCUUCAGACAGGAUGACAAUUACUCUCAGCAAAUUUUACUUGGCUUCACUCAACUAUAAUGCAAGUUACUUACAUCUGAAAGACCCAACUUGCAAGCCUAUUGCUUACAACCCAAUGAUAUUUUCUUUUCCACUUAACAGCUGUGGAACAGUUAAAAAGACUGAAGGUCAAAGCAUCUCUUACAGCAAUAUUGUAACUGCCUACCCAAUAGGUGAUGUGAUCACCCGCCAAAAGAAAGUUGAAAUUGUUGUGAAAUGUAUAAUGGAAAACAAUUCAACUGUAGAAAUUAUGUAUGUAACAGAAAGUGAGCAUUUAGAGAACACAAGUGCUGUAGGUAGAUACAAUCUCAGCAUGUCGUUCUAUGAAACGGAUUCCUUCUCCAAAUCAAUAAUUGAAUCUCCAUACUACGUUGACUUGAACCAAAUGCUCUAUGCACAGAUCAGCCUACAUUCCAGUGAUCCAAAUCUGGUAGUGUUUGUGGAUACCUGCACAGCAUCUCCACAUCUUAAUUCUACAUCACCAAAAUAUGAUUUAGUCAAAAAUGGCUGCACUAAGGAUGAUACUUAUGUGGCCUAUCCCAUUCUUGAGCAUUAUGGGAGAUUCAGGUUCAAAUCCUUCAGAUUCCUAGAAUAUUACCCAUCUGUUUAUCUUCACUGUGAAGUUUUAAUCUGUGACAGCAAGAAUUCUAAUUCUCGCUGCACCAAAGGCUGUAUUUCUCGGCAUAAGAGAGAGAUUUCUUCCUACAAAUGGAAAGGAGAUGCUGUGAUUGGACCUCUUAGAUUGAAAAGAGAGGAAAGUUCUAUGGAUCGCUCAGCUGCUUCUAGUAAAGUUUAUCCAGAAGAAAGCCUUAAUGCGCAGCCCCAAAUCCUAUAUAUCCUUGCACUUCUUGUGCUGGCUACAAACGUGGUACUCCUGGUUGGUCUAGCAGCAAAGCAUCUCAUCACUCGAGAAACGGGAUACAGAUACCAGAAACUGAGUUACUAACAAGGAUCUUCACCUGGCUGCUUCACAUCUACACAGCCAUGAAUGGAAUGUUCUGUUGUUUUUCUAUGAUGUUUUUCCUUAAAAGGAUAAUUUCAAUUAAAAUAAAUAAAUCAAUUACAGCAUUAAA